AGUAGACUUCUGCUCAUCAUCAUUUCCUCAGGUCGGUCAGACCAGCUGCGCGCCUCACAUUUCUUGCCGACGAAACGAAGGGCACAUUGAGCGACAGUACUGCAAGCUUGCUACUGCGCAGGAUGCUGCCUUUUGACAGGGCCCCGCUGGAGAAGCCAAGUGCAGUCAGUGCAGUGAGGCGGGCUGCGAAGUCAUGCCACGACUACGGGCAGGAGCUGGGACGGGGUGCUCCCACGUGGGAUGCAACCCAGUGGACAGCCCAUUUUUCGCAACAAAGACCAAAACAAAACAAAACAAUCUGGAUGCCAACCCUUCCUUGCCAGCAACCGGGGUGGUGGCCACGGACCUCUCCAAGACGAAACAAUAAUCCAUGAAGACCACGUCGUCGUACCAUGCCUGACAAGCAGAUCCCGACAAACUGUGAUGACGGGCGGGGAGCGGACUCGAGUACCGGGACCCUGGAAUUGGCUCAACAUGGGCCCCCGAUGCGGUUGCAGCGAGGGCGGGUACAGGAGCGUGAGAGCACAGCUGGCUGAAGCUGCUCAUGCGUCAAGUGUGGUCAGAGACGAGGAUGGCUGGCAAAGAUCUGAUCUCUGUCACAAAGACGUCAAGGGGAAUGCCGGUUGUGGACGGAAGCCAGGAUUGGGGCAGGGGACGGCCACAGGGAUGUCAAGCCCUCAGAGGACAUCCAUCGUGGGAUCCGAGCGGCAGAUGCACCCAAAGAGGCAGUAGUGGCCCGAAGGGACGCACAUGUGUGUUCUCCAGGACGGACAGGCUGGUGGCGCCUUGCCAUUGGCCACAGAGGGCCUACGACAGCUCAACCACCACCACCCAAAGGCUAAGCAGCCAGCUUACCUUAAG